CACGACUCAUCCGUACACAGCAUCACUUCACCUAUAACCGAAGAGCAACAUGGCUGCCACUGCCAUCCAUAACCCCGUGUCCGUUCCCUCCUUCGUGCCCGACCAAGGCAACGUGACAGCGCCUCGCAUCGGUCAAAGUGUUAGGGGUCGCACUGUUCCGAAGCAUGAUGUCCAGACGGUCCUCAACUACUUCAAAGAAAACGAGGACGGCACUCCUCCGCAUCCAACGUACGUUGACCGACCUGAGACGUACGAUCGGCCGGUCGAGCGACAUACCGUAACCAUCACCGAUAUCGCCGGCGACGAAAGCAACUAUACCCUCGAUGGGAACGGUUUUCAAAUCUAUAGCCGCGAGGCCAAUGAGAAAGCGUUUCUAGACGACGACGCUAUCAAGUCUGGAUACUACCGGGAGACGGAACAGCUGCUAAAGGAGGCCACGGGUGCCUCGCGGGUCUUCAUUUUUGAUCAUACAAUUCGCCGCAAGCUUCCAGAUGCCGGGCCGGGGACACGGACCUCGCGCGGUCCGGUGCAACGGGUACACAUUGAUCAGUCCUAUAGCGCUGCCUUGUCUCGUGUCUCUCACCAUCUCCCGGACGAGUCCGAGGAGCUCUUGAAGGGUCGAGUCCAGAUCAUCAAUGUGUGGAGGCCUAUUAAGACGGUAGAGCGCGACCCGCUUGCCCUUGCUGAGGCAAGCUCGGUGGCUGAAUCGGACCUCGUCGUGACGGAGCUGAUCUACCCGAAUCGCCGUGGAGAGACGUACGCAGUGCGCUAUAACGACGGCCACAAAUGGUUCUACAAGUCGGGGCUGUCUACGGACGAAGUGAUACUCAUCAAGUGCUUCGAUAGCAAGACGGACGGUCGUGCGCGCCGAGUGCCACACACCGCGUUCGAGGACUCGGGCGCCAGCCCCGAUGCACCCGCUCGAGAGAGCAUUGAGGUCCGUGCCUUGGUCUUUCACCCAGAGGACCGAGACUAGAGCAUCCAGGCCUUUGACGCCGAAGUCUGGUGAUUGACGGUGGGGAGACCUGGGAGGGAGGAACAUUACGUCUUUUCUUGGCCACAUCUGUCGCUCCCUUGAUCUGUAUUUUAAUU